AUGACUCUUAUUGCUAAUUUGGAUCAUGAGUUCUCACUCAAGGAUCUUGGCCCGUUGAGUUAUUUUCUGGGUAUAGAAGUUAAGAGGUAUAAAGAUGGCUCUCUUCACUUGGUUCAAACCAAGUACCUUAAAGAUAUUCUGUCUCGAGCUGGUAUGGUCAAUACGAAAGGAGUAGUUACUCCUAUGACAGUGGGUCUCAAGCUUUUUAAACAUGGAUCAGAUGUUAUGAUUAAUCCACAGCUCUAUCGAUCUAUUGUAGGAGCUCUUCAGUAUGCAACGAUCACUAGACCAGAAAUAAGUUUUGCAGUCAACAAGGUGUGCCAGUUUAUGCAGAAUCCACUCAUGAGCCACUGGAAAGCAGUGAAACGUAUCCUACGAUACAUAGCAGGUACAUUAACUCAUGGCAUAAUUCUUCGGCCUUGCACCAAUCGAGCGAUUACAGCAUAUUGUGAUGCUGACUGGGCCUCUGAUUGUAAUGAUAGACAUAGUACUACAGGGUUUUGUAUCUAUUUUGGUACUAAUCUAGUUGCCUGGUCAUCUAAGAAGCAGGCUACCAUGGCAAGAUCAAGUACAGAGGCCGAAUAUAGAAGUAUGGCCUCCACUGUUACUGAAGUAUUAUGGAUAAAGUCUCUACUUCAAGAGUUACGUGUUGCACUUUCUGGACCUGCACGAGUGUUGUGUGAUAAUCUCAGUACUGUAAUGAUGACAGCAAAUCCUAUCUUGCACGCUCGAACAAAACAUAUUGAGUUAGAUCUUCAUUUUGUAAGGGAGAAAGCAAUAAAGAAAGAAUUUAUUGUGCAGCAUAUUCCUAGCCAAGAUCAAGUUGCCGACGGGAUGACAAAGGCUUUGUCUCAAAGCACAUUCCUAGAUUUUAAACGAUAUCUAUGUAUAUCAGAUAAUGAUAUAUCAAGUAGCUCAAAGGGGUAG